AAUUCAUAUACAGUUUAUCAUAAGUAUUCGUGUUUCUUCACAUCCAUUAAAUAAGAGUUAUUAACAACAAGAUAUGAAUCAGAUACGAUGAGCUAAGGAUGUAUGUAACUUUCUAUAUGUUACCCUGAAAACAUCACAGCAGCAUUCACACCUUUUGAAACAUGGAAAAGUAUAUAUGCUAAGAGGUAUGAGAGCUAUUCUAUGCAGUGGUGUCUCCAGACUGAGAGCAUUUACACCUUUUAUAAUCGUUAGAUCGGAAACUGAACAAGAAUAAACAAACCUUGAUGCCUUUAUCUCUCUUUUUUUUUUUUUUUUUUGUGGGUCCUUUUGGCUUCCAACAUACUCUAAUGGCACACCAAACAAACGUCUUUUGUAAGAGUUCUCACAUACUAAUUUGCAAUGGGUAGUUAUAAAUUUAUAAUACAAGGGCUACCAGAGAGGCUCUCUUGCAUUAUCCAUGGCUACCAAGACCUGCAUACUCCAUGUUCUUUCCUUAAUUAUGUUCAUCUGCUUGCCCCUUUCCAAAUGCAUUCACUUCAACUUUCCUGUGGUUUUCAACUUCGGGGACUCGAAUUCUGACACGGGCGAGCUUAUUGCCUCCGGGAUUGAGAGCCUCGUGCCUCCUAAUGGAGAGAGUUACUUCCAAACUCCAUCUGGGAGAUACUGUGAUGGCCGUCUAAUCAUUGAUUUUCUCAUGGAUGCAAUGGAUCUUCCAUUUCUAAAUGCCUAUCUGGAUUCAAUUGGAGUGCCAAGUUUCCGAAAAGGCUGUAAUUUUGCAGCUGCUGGUUCAACCAUACUUCCAGCAACUGCAACAUCUGUCAGCCCAUUCUCAUUUGGGAUUCAGGUGGCUCAGUUCCUCCGAUUCAAAGCUCGGGUUAUCGAACUGAUGGCUAAAAGUAAGAAAUUUGUGAAGUACCUCCCAAAAGAAGAAUAUUUUGAUGAGGCGCUUUACAUGUUCGACAUAGGCCAGAAUGAUCUUGCUGGUGCUUUUUAUUCCAAGUCAUUCGAUCAAGUUCUUGCUACAAUUCCAACAAUCCUGGUUGAGUUUGAAAAUGGAAUAAAGAAACUAUAUGAUCAAGGGGCUAGGAAUUUUUGGAUACACAACACGGGUCCUCUUGGAUGCUUGACUCAGAAUGUUGCCAGAUUUGGAACUGACCCAUCAAAGCUUGAUGAGCUAGGAUGUGUAAGCGCGCAUAACCAAGCAGCUAAACUUUUCAACAUCCAGCUUCAUGCUCUCUGCAUAAAACUGCAAGCCCAAUAUUUGGAUGCAAAUGUCACCUUUGUUGAUAUCUUUAACAUAAAAUUCAACCUCAUUGCAAAUUAUUCCCGAUACGGAUUUGAACAACCAAUUAUGGCUUGCUGUGGGUACGGGGGUCCACCAUUGAAUUAUGACAGUCGCAUUAGCUGUGGACAAACAAAGAUCUUGAACGGGACCUCGGCCACGGCCAAAGGGUGCUCAGACAGUACUGCGUAUGUCAAUUGGGAUGGAAUUCAUUACACUGAGGCUGCAAAUCAGUAUGUCUCAUCACAGAUACUCACUGGAAAAUAUUCUGAUCCUCCUUUCUCGGAAAAGAUGCCUUUCCUACUGAAGCUUAAGUUCUGAAAAGAAUAUUCUUAUUAUUAUAUGAUUAUUUGUUCUUUGUCUCCCUCGUAUGUUGACUUCUAACAAGUAAUUGUAAGCUAUCAUUUGAAACCAGUUUCUGACACGAAGUAUCUUUUGUGGCUGGAAACUAGUAAUACGGUGAAUGCACUUUAUCAUUUGAAGUGGGCUGCGUAGCUCUCAUCAACAGGUUAUAGCUUUAACUGUAAUUUCUAAUGGGAUGGUGCUUCAACCAAAAUAUUGGAAUAAAAAAAUGCGGUUUCACUUGAAAUAAUUCGGAUAACAUUGUUUAUGAUUAACAAUUGUAGCAUGAUGAUUUCUACAACAACACGUUAUACAUCAUCUCGGAAUUAUGAGGGAGAUAAUUCGGAAGACAAAUUUAAUGUUAGCAAUAUCACUUCCUGGAGACAUAAGCAUAGUAUUGUGCCAUAGGAACAACAAAGGCAAUCACUAACAAACCUCCAACUACCAGAGAGAAUUGUCCCCUCUUCUCAUCUGUCUCUUCCCUGCUUUUGUAGUUUGAUUCUCGUUUGUUAUCUUUAAACUUGGGGCCGCCAGGAUCUGGAAGCCCAUCGAUGGCAGCAACUAGUCUCUUGGCACUGCUAUAAACAGCUUCAUUGUACUUUUCUUCAGUAGCCAGGACUGCAAUUAUAAAUCCAACAAUUUGAUCACCACAACUGCAAUAUCUCCUAUAAACAAUCAACAUUUACUGCUGCACAUCAUUUGCAGACAGUCUCAAACUUUAUGCACAAUGAUCAAUUGAUCAUGUUUCUUAUAGCUAAUGUCAUCUGGAGUAGAGGACACAAAUGGCUAAUACAAGAAACUUCUGGACAGUCAUCCACAA